CCUGGUCAUCCUCACACAGGACACAGGACACAAGAAGUUGGGUAGAAUUCCUUUGCUGAGUGAAGCCACAAUGAUUCCAGAGAAGUCACUCCUCUUGUUGUCCCUGCUGGCUUUGCUGGUCUUGGGGCUCAGCCAGCGUUCCUUAGCAGAGUCCCAAGAAGAAAAGUUUAGGAGGCAGCAUGUGGACUCAGGCAAUAAAGGCAAUCCUGGGAAAAAAUACUGCGACCAGAUGAUGGCGAAACGGGGCAUGACAAAAGGGAAAUGCAAGCCAGUCAAUACCUUCGUGCAUGAAUCUUACCAGAAGAUCCAGGAUAUUUGCCAUGAGGCAAGUACGCCAUGUGCAAACCCGAAUAUGCACAACUGUCACAAGAGUGCUCAUCCUCUGAGAAUCACUCAGUGCCGCCUUAAGGGAGGUUCCAAGCCAGGCAAAUGCAGAUACUUGGUGAAAAAUGCUAACAAACACGUCACUGUCACUGUGGCCUGUGGAGGGAAACCCUUGAAGCCAAUACACCUUGAUCCUCCAAAAUAGGAUAGAGUCUGAGGAGAGAGAAGCAGAUGGAACCCUGAGUCACCACCUGACAAAAUUUGUGAAAUCACACCUCCCCUCCACUUCUGGCGCCUCCUGUUACCCAACAUAUGUCCUUAGCUACUCGUGUACUGAGUACGUGAGGUUGGGACUGGAUCCUGUCCCAAGUGUAUCCCCUCUACUUUGCAGAGAUGUUGUGCUUGUGGGGUACCUAGGGCAGAGGGAGAACAUAAAAGUCCCAAAUGUUAAUUGCUUCUCUACUGUUUUCAAUAAAGCCUGUCUCCUACUCAUGGAGUUCCCUGAA